AUGGGGCGUUUUGGAACUCACUUCCCCAUCCUCCUGCUCUGUGCCGCGCUGUUCACUACCGCGUCUGCAUCGCUCCUCCAACUUCAAAAAAAGAGUUUCUCGAAGUAUGUGGCCAAGCUGCGUCCAACUAAGUACGACAACAGAUUAAUCGUGGGUGACAAAGGCGCAUCGGGGAUAUUUGUCGCAAAGGGUAUAAGGUCGAGUUCAACAAUUGCUUACGCGCAGUUACGCGUACUGUUUCGGAACCUCAAGUCCAAAGGAGCGUCGCCUUCACAGAGUUACGGAAACACCUGCAAUGUUAUUUCCCUUCAAAACGACGCGAAUACCUAUCGAAAUCUCACCACUGCGAAGGGUGGUCGCCGCGGGCGCUACACGUUCGGAUACACUCUGCGCGUUGGGCCAGCGUCGGAGGCGGAAGUCCGAGCUUAUAUCGCGAAUAAUAUUGUGGCUCAGGGCGCGUAUGUCAGGGUGGGGCAUCCGGAAAACCUGGUGGCACUCUGCGGAAAGUUAAAGAAGGCGCCAAAUAAGUGA